AUGAACGCUUACUGGAUCGGACCGAACAACGAGGUCUCUCAAGUUGUAAAUACGAAUGAUGAAGACGAGGAAGAAGAGGAUAAAUCCAUGACAUCCAUCCACCAUGAGCGAGAAGUAACAACAGCAUCCUCGCAAGAGCCUACUCAUCAGCCACCACUUGUAAAUAAUACUGUUGCAUCAUCACCAGAAAUUCAUAAUCUCUCAAAUAUUUUAACAACAACGUCGGAGGAAGAUCUGAGUGGUGUUGCAACCAAUUUUAAUAGUUAUAUGGACAACCUAUUGAAAACUUGUUAUUUAAAUAAUUUAAUUGUUUCAUAUUGGGACAACAGCAUGGGACCUCGCCCUCUGCAGGUAUGGAAUGGAACUAUUUCCAGAAGAGAAUACCUGAGUGAUGAUAAUAUCAUGUUUAUUACAAGAUUUUCUCUCAUGGAUGAUAUGCCAAGAUAUGAAGAAGUUGGAUCCAACAUUGAAAUCAAAUUUAAUAUCAUGUCGGAUUUAAAUGUCAUGGUUCUUACUGCUGUAUUCUGCAGUAAAAAUUGGGAGAAGGUAGGCUCGAGAUCAUUCUUCAGGAGAAAGGCAGAUCCUCCACCAACAUUAUUCACAAUUAAUUUGGUCAUGAAUCGAGAUAACCUCUCCAGAUAUAUGGUGAUUAACUUUAUUAUCAAGGAAAAAUUAAUUACUCUUGCAAAGAUAUUGCAGCAUUUUGCUGAUACAUUUAUGAGUUCAAAUCAAGCAGAAGUUCUUUCAAAUUUUACACCACAUCUCAACGAAUUUAUUCAGUUGUUUGACACAUUAAGCAAGAUUGCAUUCGAACCACCUAAAUUUAAUUUAUUUUACACACUCUUUCAUGACGAAACAUCCUUGAAGAGAUUAUAUGAAAAUGAGGAAGAUAAUUUAUUCUUGCAAAGAGCCGUAACAUCACAUUUAGAAACCCAUGGAUACAGCGUUGUAGUGGGAACUCCCAAUCAAGUGAAAGAAAUUAAUAUUUGGGUCAACACUCUUGCCAUGUUUCUCUCUCAGCAUGAAAAACAACUUAUUAAUCAUGCCCACAAAAUUGAUGCUACCAAAAUUAGUACACCACAACCUCAAACUCAAGCUCGAUCUUUCUUCAAGAAAAUUACCCAAAGCGGUAAUGUGAAAUUAUUGAACCCCAGUAACGUUUUUAAACCAGAAGUAUUUGUACAAGGACUUGUUAUCACUCCAGAUCUGUCACACUGGAAAGAUUUAAUACCUACCAAAUGUCUACUCUCUGGAAGAUAUCCAAUAACAGUUGUAGAUUUAAAAGAGAGAAAAGUGUUUUCAUUUAAAAAGUAUCACUACUUUCAAGCAUUCAAAAGAGAAUAUUUCGAAGAGUCUGAAUCUAAGAACAUUUUGAAUGACUUUGGAGUUCAGACAACAGGAGGAGACAAACAAUUUAGAGACCACUAUGAAGAAGCAAAAAGAAUAUGUACAAGCGUACAAGAACUGUUCUAUGUAUUAUUACGAGUAAUUCCGCUAACCAUCUAUCCUUCCAUAAGAUGCUCUCUAAUUUCUGAGUUUGUACGAUUAUUGAACAGAAAGGCCAUUGCCCUCGCAAGAUAUGUACACUCGAUGAGAAAUAUUGAUACUUUGAACCCUGACAAAAUACAGAGAAUUCUCAUGAAGCAUGUCAUGAUUAAUAAUAGUGUACAGAAAUAUCACAUGCACGAUUUGACAUCAGAAUUGUUUGUAAUAAUGGCAACAGCAGAAAAAUUGCAACAUGGAGUGUAUACACUUAUCACUGGCGAUCCACAACUUGAGGCUUUUAACGUUGUUGAUUUUCUCGAUUCAACAAGCAUGGCCUUUGACAUUUAA